CUUUCUUUCUCUUCCUUGUUGACUUCCUCUCUUCUCUACCGAGCCCAGAAUUUUCUUCUUCUUCUUCUUGCUCUGUUUUUCUGCUCUAUGUGUGUUGUUUUGAGAAACCAACUUGUGAUUGCACUGCAAAAUUAAGGAAGUGAUUUGAUUUAAGCAAAGUUCCGAGUUCUAGGCCUGCCUGAAAUCCCAUUCAUGAGUACCGUAGGGAAAGAAAAAAACGUGUGGGGGCUUCCUGGAAGGACAAACGCAUAUCAUGCCUCUAGCGAUGCUAGGCUGUUUUCUUCUUCGUUGCCCGUCUUUUUUCAUGAGAAGCUUAAUUUUAAUGAAUCCAACCAAAGUGGUUUGUCGCUGGAGGACGGAUUUCCUAGCCUUAACAAACUAAAACUACAAGAUGAAGUUCUUGAUCCACUCCCUGUUGACAAAGAUGAACUUUCUGACGAUUUCGAUCUCUCUUGGUUGCCAACUCAACUUGAGGACUUGGAUGAUGAUAUUUUUGCAAGUGGAGGCGGAAUGGAAAUCGAACCUGGAAAUCUACUCACCGGGACAUCAAGGAUGAGUCCUGACUCUAUUGGUCCCAGCAGCAUUGCACAAUAUGUCUUUGCAAAUGGCGUUGUAUCGGUUAGUAGUGAACAUCAAUACGGAGAGCACCCUUCAAGGACAUUGUUCGUUCGCAAUAUCAACAGUAGUGUGGAAGAUUCUGAACUGAAGUCUCUCUUUGAGCAAUAUGGAGAUAUCAGAACUCUUUAUACAGCUUGCAAGCAUAGGGGAUUUGUGAUGAUAUCUUACUAUGACAUCAGAGCUGCUCGAAGUGCAAUGCGUGGCUUGCAAAAUACGCCCCUGAGGCGAAGGAAACUCGACAUCCAUUUCUCAAUUCCAAAGGACAAUCCAUCUGAAAAAGAUCUCAACCAGGGAACUUUGGUGGUGUUCAAUGUGGAUGAUUCUGUAUCUAAUGACGACCUUCGCCAAAUUUUUGGUGCUUACGGGAGCGUGAAGGAGAUAAGGGAAACACCACAUAAACGACACCACAAGUUCGUCGAGUUUUAUGACGUUAGAGGUGCAGAUGCAGCUCUUCAGGCUUUGAACAGAUGCGACAUAGCUGGAAAGCGCAUAAAGCUUGAACCUAGCCGGCCUGGUGGUGCUCGUCGCAGCUCACUGCUGCAACCGAGCCAAGAUCAGGAACUAGACGAAGCUCGAGGUCUCUGCCGUCCAACCGGUGCACCCAUAAGCAACUCUCCUCCAGGUAUUUGGAAGUAUUUUGGCAGCCCGGUCGAGCAAAAGUCCUUGCACGGUUACAGUCAGUCUCCUCUAUUUGGAGGAAGGGUCAGCCCUGUAAAGAUUUCACCCAUCGGUUCACGAAUAAGCCAUUCGAAUCGGGUAUUUACCAACGGGGAGCAUGGAGCACCCUAUCAGCAACACUUUUCUGCUCCGGACUCGAUGAUAAGUUUAAGUCCUGGAACCGCUUCAUCGUUUAGUGAUUCCAAGCCGUCCAGUGUAGGAACGCUUUCUGGUCCUCAGUUUCUUUGGGGAAGUCCCGCUGUCAACUCCGACCUCAUUACCUCACAGAAAGGGCUCCCAUUUCCGUCUAGAGCACAUGGAAUCGGCUUCCCAUUUCAUGUUGGAUCGGCUCCAUCGUGUAUUCAGAUGGAAAGACAUAUUGGUUUUUUCGUUGAAAGUGGUUCUUCUAGCUCCCGAAUGAUGCCAAUGUCCACAAAUGGUCCUAUGUAUUUUGGAGGCAAUGAUGGAGCAAUGGAUCGUGGUCGAAGAAGGGCUGACAGUGGAAGCCAAAUGGACAGUAAAAGCCAAUACCAACUCGAUUUGGAAAAGAUCAGAAAUGGUGAAGAUACUAGGACCACUUUGAUGAUUAAAAACAUCCCGAACAAGUACACUUCGAAGAUGCUUCUCCUAACUAUCGAUGAAACGCAUAAGGGUGCAUACGAUUUCCUCUAUUUGCCAAUAGACUUCAAGAAUAAGUGCAAUGUUGGAUAUGCCUUCAUUAAUAUGGUCUCUCCUCUUCACAUCAUCUCACUUUUUGAGGCAUUUGAUGGCAAGAAAUGGGAAAAGUUCAAUAGCGAAAAAGUUGCGGCCUUGGCAUAUGCAAGAAUCCAGGGAAACGUCGCUCUCGUUUCACAUUUUCAGAACUCAAGUUUGAUGAAUGAAGAUAAGCGGUUUCGACCAAUUCUUUUCCAAUCCGAGGGCCAAGAAUCUGAUCAUUUGGUAAACUUCUCAUCCAGCAAUCUGAACAUUUUUGUCCGCCAGCCAGACGGAUCUUACACAGGAGAUGCUCUCGACAGCCCAAAGGGCGAUCAAGAUCAGAAGCCGUAUGGUUUUUGGAGUAACUGAAUCUAACAAGACUUUCGUGCUAGAGUACGUGCUUGACUCUUGUACAGUUUUUGCAUUCAUUGAAGUCUUCUGCAGUCUUCACUUUCGUAUCCACUUUUUUGCGAUGGAUGCUCGAUUCUCAAAGUGAAAGCUGAAACGACAUAAGCUAAUGGUUUAACAAUCGGAGACGAAGAAAUUGGUGUAGCUGUGUCCAUUGCUGUUUCCUUUGCUCAGUUCUUCCAGUCUCUGCUCUUUUUAACAACUAGUAUUUGUUUUAUUGUUCAUUCAUUUAUGUGCAUAGAAGUUUAUAGAAUUGACUGAGAUUCAAUGAAAUUAUUCUUUUGAUUC